UGACUCUGUAUGUUUUCUCUCUUUUUUCCUUCCAAGCCAAACGAGAGAAAAAAAUUUACUUUCUCACUUCCCCCAAGUUCCAAACAAAGAAGAGAAGAGUGUUGUCUGUGCAGGUGGCUAUGGCGCCCAAGAAAGCAGUAAAGUGGAGCGACGGUGUAGUACCCAAAGCUGUCGACAGUAAGAAUAACAACGGUGGAAUGGUGACUCGGAGCUCCUCAACUCGGCGCCGGGUCGACGAGUCCGACGAGUUGCCUCAGGCGAAGAAGCCCAAGUCGAGUACCGGCUCCAAGGGCAGAGGCAAGGGCGUCAAAGAAGCUGGUAAGAUUGCGGCGGUGGCGGAGCAUCUGGAAUCAGAAGGAGCAGCAGCCGAGGGGAAGACUAAGACCGUCGUCAUCGAGCAUUGCAAACAAUGCAACUCAUUUAAGACAAGGGCUGUUCAAGUGAAGAAUGGUUUGGAAAAUGGUCUUCCUGGAAUAACUGUGCUUGUCAACCCAGAAAAGCCUAGAAGGGGAUGCUUUGAAAUACGGGAGGAAGGCGGCGAGAAGUUCAUCAGUCUUCUGGAUAUGAAGCGGCCAUUUAAACCAAUGAAGGAACUUGACAUGGACGACGUCAUCGCAGAUAUUAUUGGCAAGAUCAAGUAAUGGUGGUCCGAUUUCUUUUUUUGAAUGGCCAAGUAACGGGUUCGACGCAGUACUCUAACUGAAGUAAUGGCCCAGUGCAGUAGUCUAACUGGAUUCUGGAUAUAUAUUUAGAACUGCUCUUUAGUGUUGUAUCUUGCUGAGCGAGUUAACCCCGUCUACUUGUGAACUUGAUAACUUUUUGCUGGUGCUGCGUAAAAUUCCUCUAAUUUGCUGCUGUGAUUUUUCUUGCA